CGUUUGAUGGGGAGCGCACAUAGCCGACCUGGCUCACCUCGCGUGCCGACUUCGUGAACCCUCCCGCCCCGCAUGCCGACUCCGCAGGCUCGACCCCGCGUGAAAUACCCCUCUCGGCCCACUUGCUCAGUCCGCUGGCACACCACAAGUGUGCCCCUCGCGCCUUGGCCCAAACUCUCGAGAGGGACAUCACGCGCACCACCUCGCUCUUGCGCGACCUCGAGAAACUGCAAGUGAACCCUUCAUCUGACACGCUGGGCUUUCCCGAAUGGAUGCCGUUUGCAGGCUACGGGGCCGACGCCCACCUCGCUCAACUCGGCUUUGAGAACGGAAAACGAGCUGCGUCGUUUUCCCUUCGCAAAGCCCCAUCUGGGUCCGCGGAACGGGAGAAGGUCUUGGUGGAGGCUGUCCAUGAGCAUCUCAAGACACUGGUCGCGGCAGCCCAAAAACUUCGAUCGGAGAGGGAUGGCGAGGGCGGUGAUGAGGGCGGCGACGAGAGUAGCGAUGAGAGUAGCGAAGGGGGCGGGGACAAGAGCGGCAGCAAGGGCGGCGACGAGAGUGGCAAGACGGGACGUGAAGACGACGUGUCCUCCGCGAGGAACAUUGUGGACAUGCUGCACGCUAUCGCCAGUGAUGCUUUGAAAUUCGAUCCCACAUUGCGGUACAGUCCAUGAAGAUUGCAUGAGAUCACUUCUUCAAAGCUCAGUCAAUACACCAGUAUCCUUUCUCUGUACAGCAUGCAUGCAUGCAAUCAAUUAAGGACUAUAGCGAUGUACGUGCCGCUACGAAGGCAGCGCUGCC